UAGACAGUGGGCAGUUGGUUGCGGUCUCCCAAAGCAGAGGUUUUGACGGUUGUGUUCUCCGAAUCUGUCGACAGAUGUUAAACCAUGGAUUUUAACUCAGAAUCUGUAAAGAGGAUACUCGCCAAGUACAAGUUUCGGGAUGUGGCGAUUGAGGAACUUCAAAAAGUACAUCGGAUUCACCCUGAUAUGAAGCCACUGGUUGGAACAUACACAUUUACUGACAGUUCCCAAAAAGACCUCCUCAAAUUGGUUGGAAACAUUCCAGUCAGAUAUCAAGGCCGGUCCUACAACUUGCCCAUCCUCCUGUGGCUGCUGGACUCCUUCCCCUUCACUCCUCCCAUCUGCCUCCUCCGGCCCACGCCCAACAUGGUGAUCAGGGAGGGGAAACAUGUCGAUGCUCGGGGAAGGAUCUACCUACCUGCGCUGCACAACUGGGACCAUCCAAAGUCUACAGUGAAUGGGCUCCUGGCUGAGAUGAUUGCCAAGUUCGAAGAAGACCCCCCACUCAGCUCAAAGACAACAGGAGACGACAAAGAUCCCAAUGAGCUGCUUGCCUUUGUGUCAAACCUGCAGAUUGCUGAAGGUGUCAAGUCUGAUCGAUUGAUCAACAAAGUCACUGUAAUUGGAGGCGGAGACUUGGGAAUGGCCUCUGUGAUGAGCAUUUUGGCAAAGGGUACAGUGGACAAGCUGGUCCUUAUUGACCUUACUGAGAGCUCCACCAAAGGAGGGACCAUGGAUUUGGAGAUCUUUAGCCUGCCCAAAGUUGAAGUCUCCAAAGACUUGGCAACCACAGCAGGGUCAAAGGUGGUGGUGGUGACUGCAAACGCCUGGACCAACGAACAGUCCUAUGUGGGUGUGGUCCAGACCAAUGUGGACUUGUACCGAGGGAUCAUCCCCAGAUUGGCUCUCCUGAGCCCAAAUGCUGUUCUGCUCAUUGCCUCCCAGCCAGUGGACAUUAUGACACACGUAGCAUGGCGGCAGAGUGGACUCCCGCCUACCCGAGUGAUUGGCGCUGGAUGUAACCUGGACUCAGAGCGCCUCAACUACAUCCUGAACAUUGCACUUGUGGCCCAGAACACAGGGAAACAGGGCUGGGUCAUUGGAGAGCUCUCCGACAACAAAGUUGCAGUCUGGAGCAGCAUUGGUCUCGGGACUGACCCCCAUGCAGAGAUCAUCCAGAACUCCAAUUCCACCAAACUGCUGACUGAUAGGGCUUUUGAGAUGCUGAAGGGGAAGGGCCAGCGGUCUUGGUCAGUGGGGCUGUCCAUCGCCGACAUCACCCACAGCAUCCUGAUGGACCAGAGGAAGACGCACUCUGUCUCCACCCUGGCACAGGGCUGGGGUGGUAUUGGCGCAGAAGUGUUCCUCAGCCUGCCCUGCAUCCUGGGGGCGACAGGGUCCACCAGGCUGGCCAGCAUGGUGCUGGGGCCGGAGGAGGAGUCUAAACUAAGGGACAGUGUCGCAUCCCUCACUAGCUUCCUCGCACAGCUCCGCAUGUAGCCCAGGAUCCAGCAGAGAGCGUGCCUGCAUCUGAUCAUGGUCCCUCACCCGUUUUAGCACAACUGGUCAGAAUUCCCAUUUCACCAAGCUUCACUAGUGAGCAACUAGAUGCAUCCCGACUAAGUUCCACUUUGUGCACUUCACCUGAAAUCAUUUCAGUUACAAUGGAGGAAAAUGGAUUUGAACCUUGAAACCUGUCUUUCAGAAACUGGUUGUUAGUUGAAAGCUUAUCUCAGACCAUGGUAUAAUCAGAAAUAUCUCAUGUGAAGUACACAGUGGUAAUUCUUCUCAGAUGUUAGAUGCAGUGAAGUGAGACAGAGUUGUCUGCUGACAGCUGAUCUUUACCAAAGCUGACAACCUGCAGAACAGGUUUUGGGACCAUUUUUGGAUGGAAGGCAAGCUCUGUUCCAGAGAGAGCUGCAGAGGGGAUGAACAUGAGCAGUCAUCUUGACUCUAACAAACAUCACAGCUCAGCACAUACACAGAAUGACUGGAAGGUUCUGCUCUCUAACAAGCCCUCUAGUGUCACCUUUGAGGUAACCCUCAUAAACUGACAUGAAUUCUGACCAUCCAGUCAAGCAUAGCAUUGAUUUAGAAGAUGUUAGGGGAUGUUCUGUGAGAAGACAAAACCCAGGUGAAGUGUUUAUAUGAACUUACCAGGUGUUUAGCCUUAAUAAAAUCAGAGCUCUUUGCACUGCAGGUACUUGGUACCUUCAUCUUAACACUUUCACUGGUCUUCAUUUUCAAGUGUUUUACUUGAAAUUCAACCUGAAAUGAAUAUUAAACUCUAAUUCAACAGGCAUACUAAAUGACCGUUGUAAGGUAUUUAACAUUUUUCAACCAGCCUUAUUUGCCCUUUUAGUGGAUUCCUUGUUUCAUUCAUGCUUUUUUAUGUGCAACAUACCUCUUGCUAGCUAUGGUAUUGUAUAGUUUGAACACAAUAAUGGUGCAUCCUGAAGUUUAGAUGUAUAAAAAAGCACUUUCCUCCCAAGAUAUUUUCUACUUAUGCAACACCAAGGGGUGUCCUGAAAAAAAAACAGUAUUACUCCAGUAAUGAGUAUAUACACUGUACUGUACUAUACUGUCAAUAUACUUAACUGUACUGUCAUAAUACAUGACUACACUGUCAUCGCACAAAGCACAAAAGCACAUAGCACAAAAGCAAAGCUCCAGUUUUCACCAUAGCUCUGACCUGAGUAAGAACUGAAAUGUGACAAGGACACUGCACAGGAUUUGGUUCAUUUCAAUGCCACACACAAGAUUUUCAUUUCCCAAAAAAUUGCUUUUAUGUAGGUUACUGUUUUUUCUAAGGACACCCUUCUAAAAUGCAGCUUUAUGCGUAGGAGUACUUCCUCUGUUUAAGGUGUAUUUUCCCUACUCUGAACUGUUGAUAGAACCAGCACUUUAGGGGGCACAUCUAGGUAUAAAUGAAGGUAUGAAUUGUUAACAUGAGUUGUGGUAUUUCUUUGCCUUGUAUAGUUGUGGUGGAAAGGGGAUGGGAUAAAGUUAAAAGCUUUAUAUUUAUACAUGGGGGUACAAUCGACUUUUUGCUCUUCCCACUAACUAGGUAACAGCUUGUCUAAGUGCCUUUUAAUCAUUAUCAUAGUCAGUUUAUGUAUCCAUGCACUAAUGCACCACUGGGGGGUGCUCUUGGUUGUGUGUGUUUUUUGUAUGGCAUUUAGCAGCACAGUCUUGUGUUAUUUAUGUCACUUGUAAACAUGACUAGAGGGAAAGGACACCCACACAGUUGUUUGUAACCUGUAAAUGUUAUGUUUAAUUAAAUUUGCAAUAUGAACUCAUUCCAAGGCUGUGUAUUUUCAUAAACAUCUGAAGAAAAAAUAAGCUCACACCCACACACAAAGUUAUAAACAUAUUUCCCCCUCCAAACAUGGUUAACCAUCUCAAAGGACAGCAUUUACAGCUCACCAAAAGGCAAUUUGGUUGGAGCCCUUCAAACUCCUUAAAAAAAGGAAUGUAAGUCUAUGGUUACGUCUGCAAACACAAACGGGAAGCUUUUCAGGUUGGGUUUUAUCUUUUUGGCUCAUACAAAUGUACAAACUUUGUGCAAUAUGACAAGAAAAAAACUGUAUAUAACUUAAUAAAGCAGUAAUUUACUUUUAAAAGCUGUGAAAUAAAGUCUCCAUUUGCUCUCCACUGCUGUUCAUCCUUUGCAAUCCUUACAGGAUUUUAUUUUAUAUUUCC